AUGGGUGCUGGUGUGCCGCCUUCUCUUUUGAACUCGUUUACCUUGGCCGGUGCAGCAGGCUAUCAAGUGGUGAUGUUAAGGGUUACAGCUUGAGCUAUCUAUUUAAUCAGAGAGCAUAAAUCUAUGACCUCCACACUGCCUAAAGGGAUAGUGAUGAUAAGGGGGGCAAGAGGGUAGUUGUAACGAGGAGGAAAGGGUGGAUAUUAGAGAUCAAUGUGCGAGAUUAUAGAAAAAUGGAGUCCGCUAAUGAUCGGUGUCGCCCAUGCAUUGCAUACUCCUUUGAUGUCGGUGACGAAUGCUAUUUCUGGGGCCACUGCCUUAGGUGGUCUGAUGAUGCUCGGAAAAGGUGGCAUUGGCGUGGACCUCCUAGCUGCAACAGCAACGUCGAUUUCGGCGGUAUAAGUGAAUCUUGUUCAACAUCUUGAUAUAUUUAAGUUUAACCCGUAUGUAGUAGACCACACGCAACUGCACACCGAUAAUUAUUUUGUUGACAACAGCAAGCAAAAUGAUGAUUUCACUAAACCAUCCGAGUACCAGGUCAAUAUCGUGUUUAGUGGUCUGGUAUGGCACCAUGUCUAACAUAAUCCAAUGUCUAACGUAAUCCACCAAACCAGGUGAACAUCGUUGGUGGAUUUAUGGUUACCAAGAAGAUGUUGGACCUCUUUAAGCGACCUGGUGAUGUCGACCACUCAAACCUUUUGGCCAUCCCUGGUGCCAUGGUUGUUGCAGGGCCUCUAGUAGGUGGCCAAGCAAUGGUAGAGCCAGUUAAUACGGUUUCUUUAAGGCAGCUGGGACAACUGAGUUGAUCAACAUUUCUACUGUUUGUUGGAGGAUUUCUUGUUGGAUGACCAUAAGGAAAGAUAUACUGGUGCUGGUGUCGUGUCAAAUUGAUAGGUGGUGGCUUAAGCAGGAGGGUUUUUGCCCGUACUAUGAAUCGCAAACGAAGGCGUCAAAAAAGUGGCCAGUACCAAGAAAAGCAUCCUUAGAGGACGAGUUGCUGAUGUUGAAUAUGUUUUAGUACUUUCCCCGUUUCCGGUUCUCUGAUUUUUGUAUCAAGUUUAUGCAUCUUUUGUAAAUACAACCUACUUGUUCCCUACUACUUCCCUUCGACACUUUCAUUUCCCGGUUUGAUGUGCAUUGGUGCAAUCGGAGGCCUGAGCAACAUGAAAACUGCUGAUCUCGGUUGCAAAUUGGGAAUGUGCGGUAUCGCAGGAGCCACCACCAGUACUCUCGUUUCGGUCGAACCGGGCUACACGUAAGGCAAAAAAUUUCAAUUAUUAGUUUUUACCUCUAUCUAAUAUAGGCUUAGCCCUUCCAACAAUUAUAAGGUACGAGCUUGUACUUGGACUUAUACACCUUCAAUUUAUCCAUCUUCAUCGUUCUGAUGAUUAGUGAGGAGAGUAGAAUAUUAAAGACUAGUGAGUACUAUUGAAAUGAAUAAUAAUGUACUUGACAGACUUGUACACCUUCAAUCUAUUGUUCAUCUUUAUCAAUCUCUUACUUUCUCUACUUUCCAUGGUUUUACACUUAGACAUCAGUGAGCAGUUGAUUAUUAUAUCUUGCUGUUCCUGAGUCACGACUGGAAUCCCGUGAAUGACUUCCAACUAGUAGACAAGAAGGGGAUCGUCACCACUCAACAAGGAGAAACUCUGCUGCGGAUACUCAUACAUAAUGACUCUAAAACACGGUUCCCGCUGUCGCUCUUCUAGGUGCUGGUGCAGCCGGUGGUUACCACGUCGCAAACCAAGUGUCACCGAUUCAAUUGCCCCAAACAGUCGCCGCUUUCCACUCUCUUGUCGGUGCGGCAGCGAUGUUGGCAUCUAUUUUAUGAAGCUGCCACUAACCACGUGGGUUUACAACUUUUAUAAAAUAAUAUCAGUAUUUCUACCUAAUACAUCAUUAUUUCUACAACCUACUUACGUCAAGUCACGUAUACUUCUCCGAACCAUAAAAAAGACCUUUAUCUUCUCCACUCAAGGCAUUUUGUUCCGCGUUGGUGAGGGAGUCUUCAACGAGUAGUUUUACUAGUCCUCUAACCACCGGUUCCUACGCAGCACACCCUGAGGUCGGAAUGACCAUGCACAACUCAGCCGCAAUUUUGGGUGACUUCAUCGGUGGCGUCACUCUCACUGGUUCUAUCGUGGCCUUCAUGAAGCUUGAUGGUCGAUUGGAUAGCAAACCCUUGAACCUCCCGAACAAGAACAUGCUGAACCUGGGAGGUUUGGGCGCACAGGGUCUUUUGUGCUCGCACUUCUUUUAAGGCAAAGGCUUGCGUUAUAUUCAGAAUAGAGGCACUCUUUACACCUUGAUUUUUUUACUAGUCCUAAUCAAUAGUAAUUUCUGUGGCGCAUUCAUAAUGGCGUUGCUUGUUGUUGUUCAUCUCGAUGUAUGGUUCUGGUAUUUGGUAACCUGAAUUUGAUCAUAAGGGUUCUCUUCUUGUUUUCCCUUAUGAUCAAAUUCAGGUUACCAAAUACCGGAGCCAUUCACUCGAGUAAGUACUUAGAAGAAGCAACUUGGAAAUAUCUUGCUUCUUGGCCCUUCUUUCAUUCCCGAGUAAGAGCACAACUUACUUUUACUUUCAUCCGCGUGGGAGUUGUGAGAGUAAAUAAAUAAACUACACCAUGCCAAAAAUAACCUCAACACGACCACGAGGUAAGGAAACCUCCUCCAGAAGGAAGCUCUAAUCCUUUAGUUCUGGUGGUGGAGUGAUGGAUCUAUGGGCCACUGCCGUGUUGUCCAAUGUUAUGGGGUACCAUUUGGUCGGCAGCGUGGGUGGAGCUGAUAUGCCAGUCUGCAUCACUGUGCUGAACAGGUUCUGUCGUGAUUGCUUUUUUUACAAUCGUGAUGUGCAUUACUGUGCUGAACAGGUGUUUUGCGUUGGAUUGGAUACUUUUGGAUUGGGUAGUGUUCUUUUCUGUUCUACCUCUAUCUUUUUAGUCCACAUUCAUACCACACAGCACUAGCACUAAAGUUUUUGUUGUCUACUAGUUGUGUAGUCACCACACAGUACUAGUGUCUGUUGGUCUAGCCAUAAAGUUUCUGUACUUAUAUUUGUUGUUGUUAUCAUCUUGUCACACAGUUUUUACAACAGUAUCAUACUAUUGUUCUUUCAUCAUCUGAUGUGUCACAUCAACGGUAACAUCUACUCAUCAACCUACAGUUACUCCGGAUGGGCUUUAGUUGCUGAGGGAUUCCUUCUCGACAGUCCGAUCCUCACCGUCGUCGGGUCCCUGAUUAUGAAAGGGUGUUAUUUCAAAAGGAAAAGGGCUCCAGGAUGUAGUAUGUGAAGCAGCUGGAUGUAUCUGAACAAGUAUGGUACAUCAACACGUUGCACUACUUAUCUGAACUAGGAUCGAUUUCGAUGUUUCUUAAAAGGCAGCAACGUGUUAUUAACCACGAAUCGACCUUGACCUAGCAAAGAAAAAGAUCUCUCUCUCCUCUUCUAAUCAUCUCGGUUUUUCAGGUGGUAUCCUGACGAAGAUCAUGUGCGACGCGAUGAACCGUGACAUCAUGAACGUGCUCUUUGGCGGUAUGAACGUUGCCGCGCCAGCUGCGAAAGUUACGAAUUUUGGAGGUGGUCACGGGUUGAUGAAUUUCCAUAAUCCAAUUAUCAGUCCGGUUAGCUUUUCCCUCAUAGCCUAUUUGUUGUAUCCCAACAAAGAAUCAAUCAUGAUAUUGAGUCCAAUACAGUGCAAUAUACUUAAUACUACAGUAGCCUAGUUCUUGCAUUAGUAGCAGAAGCAGUUCUUGUAGUAGAAUUUGAAAGUCAAGAAGUUUUCAACCACUUAAAAUACUACACGCUUUUAUCCUCAAGGUAUUCCAAAAUACUUAGAGCUGUCUAUGCAUGGGCAUAUACAACACAGGUAUGGUGUAUUUUUACCCGCGGAUACUAUUUUUUUCUAAGAACCGAGAAGAAGCACCGAAGGAGCACGUGGAAACGAGCGUGGACGCUACCGUUACAGCACUCACAAGCGCCUCCAAAGUCCUCAUCAUUCCAGGAUACGGUAUUUUUAAAUGAACUAGAGAUAAUGAAUUAGGGCUGCAUUCCAUAGUUGCUCUAAUAUCCAUCUAGUAGUCAUGGCAUUCCAGCACCUCUGCAUGUUCUUCAUCCAGUAUUCCUUUUGCGGCAGCAGAAUUUUCAUGUUGUCUUUUUACUUUUGCUAAGUACUUGAAGUUGGUGAAGCGGCUUCGAUCUACUUACUACUUGACUUUUGAUAAUUCCUCCCGCUUAGGUAUGGCCGUGUCCCGUGCCCAGACUGCAGUCGCAGAUCUCGCGAACACCCUAUUGGACAAUUAAGGCUUUCACGGAUGCAGAAUCCAGCUUGAGAACAAAGUUAGUCUUAGUUACUUGUAGAGUUUCGUCUAAGUCCCUGGCGUCGCAGUGGAGUUCGGUAUUCAUCCAGUCGCAGGACGCAUGCCUGGCCAAAUGAAUGUGUUGUUGGCCGAAGCCGGGGUCUCGUACGAUCACGUCCUGGAGAUGGAUGAAGUCAACCCAGAUAUUGCCGAUGUUGAUUACGACUCGAAGCAAGUAGUAAGAAGCAAGUAGUAACUACCCAGCUGAAAGGGGUACUGCUAUUGGGCUAGAAAUUCAGUGUUGUUUUACUGCAGAACAUUUAGUAGUUGUAAAGAAAAAGAUUAAGACCACACCGCUGAUUUUUGUGGAGUAGGUAUCUACUUAAAUGUUCUAUGUAGUUGUCUUGAACUGAUAGUACAACCUGUGAAGUACUUCCUAUGUAUGAAGAUUACCACGAACAACAAGAAGAGACUUCCGAGUUCUUGAACAAAAUACCUCUUGUUCUGAAUGGUCUGGUCAAUCAUAUUAAGCUUGUUUGUGAGAUCAAGUAAGAUAACUUUUUAGAAAAGGUAUGUUCCUUCGUAUCUCCUCUAACCACUUGUCUGCCUCAUCGUCGGUGCCAACGACAUUACGAACAGUGCCGCUCAAGAGAUUGAAGGCUGCUCAAUUUGGGGUAUGCCGGUAAUUGAGGUGUGGAAGAGCAAGAAAACCGUCUACCUCAAGCGAACCAUGGGUGGCGGAUACGCAGAUCUGGAAAAUUAUGUCAUGACUUAGUUAAUAUUUGAAUAGAUUUUAAGGUAAAUGAGGAGGAACGCAGUUUCAUUUUCCCUGUGAUGACCUUCUGUUAGUAGAUGAGGAAGUUUUCUCCCUAUAUUUCAUUGAUAACACAAGCAUGCUUUCAUUAUAUUGAUAAGAGAACAUCUUGCAGCUCUUCUCUGUGGUUGGUCUGCAACCACUUCUUCUCCCUCUCCACAUACCUAAAAUAAGAAUAAGUAAUACUAUUUUCUUAGAGCAGGAGUGAGAAUACUUGCAGUAGGACUACCCCACCAAGCAACUACAUACUUGCCUAGGACUACCCCACCAAGCAACAAAUUAGAAUACCUGCAGUAAAAAUAGAAGGGAUUUAAAAUCUUCAAUACUUAGAGAACGAGUGCUGAGAGAACGAGUGCUGAGAGAGCUAGCUGUGGUCUCUUUUGGUCAACGUGCUCAACAAGGUCAAGAUUAGAAAUUUGGGAAACAACUAAUGAUACAUACAUUCAAUACUUACAGUUCUUCUAAUCUUUUCCGGUGUUCUUCAAGGAUAACACCGAAAUGCUGUUAGGGGAUGCGAAGGGCACCUGCGAAUCACUGGCCAGCAAAGUGAAAGAGGUGUAUGCUGCGUAGGCACGCUGCGUAAACUAGUAAAUAGUUUCUUUCUCUCUAGUACUUUUUUGUCCUGAUGAGAAGAGAGACGAUACGUAGCAGCUUUUUUUCCAUAAGAAACUAACUAUUGAAUAGUUUAAGUUUGUUAGUUUCUUGCUACAUCUUAAGUUUUAUUAGGUUAUUAACCUAUUGCUGAGAAGUAGUUCGGGGACACCACGACGGGUAAAAGGCGUAGAAGCUGCACCAAGUUACUUAAGCAGUACUUCUACACCAAGAUUAAGCAGUGCUACAACAAGCUGUAACAAGUACGCAAUAAGUGAAGAAUUUAUGGACCACUGGUCGUGGUUGUGGUUCGUGGAUGAAAGAAGAUAUACUCUCUUGAUUCAUCGGAAUCAGGGAAGACCAAGAUCCUAGUCAUCUUAGCUUCCAGCAGUGACGCCAUUAUAAAUUCAAAAGAAUUUCUGUUUCAUUUUUUCUAGACGUGAUGUAUGUAGUCCAGUCGCGCAGCAGUUGAAAACGUUAUGCUUUUCCUCAGAGGAUAUCAACAAAUCCUAUUAUGAUGAGGAGGUGAGAAAUAUUACAUUCUUUGAUUGUGUAAGUAUGAGAACACUAGUACACUCAUCUUCGUGUAAGUAGAAUGAGAACAUCACUAGUACUACAUUCUUCGUGGUGUAAAAAGAAUGACAGCACCAGUACAACGGAUAUUAGAGACAGGCAGAGUCAGACAUCACAGUCAAAACUAGAAUCAGACAGAUAGAAAGAGUCACGCCAGGUCGUUGUCACAUGGUUGCUACUCUACUAGCUAGCAGCAUGUUGAUGACAGUCACAUUCCUGGCACAUCUGACAAGAAAUUUGUGAGACGCAUGACCAUGACAUAUGGCGUUCACAUCGCGAUAGCAUCACAUGACGUUUGUUUUAACUCAUUUUUAUGGGUACAAGUACAACUAGCAGAAGUAGCACUUGGAGAUCAAUAGUAGAAAUGGCUGUUCUGCUACAGAGUGUCACGACUUUCAGCGUAUCCAUGUUUCGGCAACUUGAAAGAUGUUAGCACAACGAUCCCAGAUCCUUGCUCACGAGUGAGAGCGCUACUGUCUUGUUUCUAGUACCAAAUGAUCCUCCUUGUACUAGGUAUAUACAACAACUACACUUCUGGGUAUAUACAACUACACUU